UAGGAGUGAAAAAUAAGUGAGUCAUCAUGAACUGGGCAAAUGAGACCUCCCCAAAUGAAUUUAUACUACUUGGUUUCUCAGACAGACCAUGGCUACAAAUGCCCCUUUUUGUGGUCAUGUUAAUAUCAUACACAAUCACCAUCUUCGGUAAUAUGUCCGUCAUGUUGGUGUGCAUUCUGGAUCCCAAACUCCACACACCUAUGUAUUUCUUUCUCACUAAUCUCUCCAUCUUAGAUCUCUGCUAUACUACAACUACAGUCCCUCAUAUGUUGGUAAAUAUUAGUCGCAACAAAAAGACCAUCAGCUAUGGUGGCUGUGUGACCCAACUUAUCAUCUUUCUAGCCCUAGGUGCUACUGAGUGUCUUCUCCUAGCUGUUAUGUCCUUUGACAGAUUUGUGGCAGUUUGUAGACCCCUCCACUAUGUAGUAAUCAUGAAUCAUUGGUUCUGUCUAAGGAUGGCAGCCUUCUCGUGGCUUACUGGUUUUAGUAACUCAGUGCUGCAGUCUUCCUUGACCCUUCACAUGCCACGCUGUGGUCAUCAGGAAGUGGACCACUUUUUCUGUGAGGUUCCUACCCUUCUCAAGUUGUCAUGUGCUGACACAAAGCCUAUUGAAGCUGAGCUCUUUUUCUUUAGUGUAUUAAUUCUGCUAAUUCCAGUGACGUUGAUUCUCAUCUCCUAUGGCUUCAUAGCUCAAGCAGUAUUGAAAAUCAAAUCAGCAGAAGGACGGCGAAAAGCAUUUGAGACAUGUGGGUCUCACAUGAUUGUGGUGUCUCUCUUUUAUGGAACAGCCAUUUAUAUGUAUCUGCAACCUCCUUCAUCUACCUCUAAGGACUGGGGAAAGAUGGUUUCCCUUUUUUAUGGAAUCAUCACACCCAUGUUAAACCCUCUUAUCUACAGCCUUAGAAAUAAAGAUAUGAAGGAGGCCUUCAAAAGGGUGAAGCCAAGAAUCUUUUUCUACAAGAAAUAAGUACUCCAUUGUGAUGAGAAUCUUCUGAGUCUCUCAUUAUUUUUGAAGAUGGUCAUAAGUUUUGAACUUUUUUUUG